CCGCCGCUGUUGGGUGAGGUGCACACUGCACUGCUGCGGGCUGCUUUGAGCCAGAAAUGCAUCCGAGAGGAGUUUGCAAUGCAACGGCAGGGGAAACGCGAGGUAUCCCCACACACUUGGCUUGAGGACCUGUCUGCUUGGAUCCGCACCCCUUCAGCGCGAGCCAGACUGGAGCAGCACAGCUUGAUGCUCACUCGUGCGCAUCCAUCUCCGGCACAUGGAUCCAACGGUGUAGAGCUUGCGGAGGCCCAUGCAUCCAACGGUGGAAAGCUCCUGAGCGUGGCGAAGUGCAUGGGCCGCGGGGGCAGUACUGGUGCUGCUAAUACUGCUGGUGCUGGUGCUGCUAAUACUGCUGGUGCUGGUGCUGCUAAUACUGCUGGUGCUGGUGCUGCUAAUACUGCUGGUGCUGGUGUUGGUGCUGGUGCUGGUGCUGGUGCUGGUGAUGGUGCUGGUGAUGGUGGUGGUGCUGGUGCUGCUGCUGGUGCUGGUGGUGGUGCUGGUGCUGGUGCUGGUGCUGGUGAUGGUGGUGGUGGUGGUGGUGCUACUGCUGCUGCUGCUGCUCUUGAUGCUGAUACUGGUGCUGAUGCGGAUGGUGCUACGAGUGCUGGCUGUAGUGGUUCUGGCCAUGGCAGUGGGGGGAUAUCAGCUGUUGCUUCUAGUGGUAUACACAUACACCUUAGUGACUCUCCAGGGUACUCUCCUCUUCCAAUUGACAUUCUUCCGAGCCACUAUUCCAGGCUUGGUGCCGAAGCGAAGCUGCUCUUGCUUCGGGAGCUGGUGGACGCCGCACUCGAGGGGGACAUUCUCCGGGCAGCCAUUGAAAGAAAACUUGUGGAUAUGGACGAGGUGGCAGGGCAGAAGAAAGUUUUGGGGGAGGAGGAGAGGGCGUGCAGGGAGAAAGCAGCAUUGCGUGAGAGAGUGAGAAUGAGGGAGAGAGAGGAGAGGGAGAGGGAGAGGAGGGAACGGGAGGAGAGGGUGAGGAGGGAAGAGGAGGAGAGGAGGUGGAGGGAGGAGAGGGAGAGGAGGCGGGAAUGGGGAGUGAGGCAGCAGCGGUCUCGUAGCAACCUCCUCGAGAGGUUACCUAGUAGCAGUGCAGUACCUGUUGGUGUCAAUUCGAGUGUUACAGUUGAUGCUAGUGCGGGCGUUGAUGCUGCUGUGUGCGUCGAUACUACCAGUUUGAACGCCCCUGUGAGCGGCAGUGACAAUGCUGGUGUGCCGCCCAGAGUUCAGUCCCUGCAAUCCCUGCAGCAGCCCUCCCUGCCGCCCUCCCUGCCGCCCUCCCUGCCGCCCUCCGUGCCGCCCUUCCUGCCGCCCUCCAGCCUGCCAUCAGUGAGAAGCAGUCCUGCUAGUGAUGCUCCCUCCGCCACCCCUCUUGCCAUGCUUGGACUUGCUGCUGCUGAUGCUGGUGCUGGUGCUGAUGCUACUUCUGCUGAUGCUGGUGCUGAUGCUGCUUCUGCUUAUUCUGGUGCUGCUACAUCUUCUGCUUAUGCUGCUGCUGCGUCUGCGGCUCCUGUUUGUACUCCCACUGCUGUUGGUGCUGCUGCCACAGCCGCUACAGCCCUAGAUGCAGAAUCACCCUCUGCCGCCUCAUUAGCUUCACGCCAGGGUAGGAAGCGGGGGCUUUCCUGGCCGGCCAGUAGCAGAAGUACACCUGGCAAACACCGAAGGCAGUCAUUAGGGAGGGGCUUCACUGGGGGAGAGGGAGAGGAGGGAGUGGGAGGAGAAGGAGGGGAGGUGGAGGCAAGAGGAGGAAGAGGAGGCGGCUGAGAAACAGCAACUUCAGAAGAAGUUUAGGGAGCUGGAUAGGGAAGCGGAGAAAGCGGCAAUGCGGAGUACAGCUCUGGGGUGCGACCGGGACGGCAGGCGGUACUGGUGGUUUGCGAGGGAGGCGAGGGUGUUU